AUGGCCCACACCCUAGGACCAGACUGGCAGGGGGACCAUCUUGAGGCUGAGAGGCCCAAAUGGGACAACAAGUUCCAGUACCUUCUGAGCUGUGUCGGGUUUGCUGUGGGGCUAGGGAACAUCUGGAGGUUCCCAUACCUGUGCCAGACCCACGGAGGAGGGGCCUUCCUCAUCCCCUACGUCAUUGCCCUGGUCUUUGAGGGCCUCCCUCUCUUCCACAUCGAGCUUGCCAUUGGCCAGCGGCUACAGCAGGGCUCCAUCAAGGUGUGGAAGGCCAUUUCCCCCUACCUCGGAGGAAUAGGGCUGGGCUGCCUCACCGUGUCCUUCCUGAUCAGCCUGUACUACAACACCAUCCUCACGUGGGUGCUCUGGUACUUCCUCAAUUCCUUCCAGUACCCGCUGCCCUGGAGCUCCUGCCCACUGGACCUUAACAGGACAGGGUUCGUGGAGGAGUGCCAGGGAAGCAGCGCCAUGAGCUACUUCUGGUACCGGCAGACACUGAACAUCACAGCUGACAUUAAUGACAGUGGCUCUGUCCAGUGGCGGCUGCUGAUCUGCUUGGCUGCCUGCUGGGCAGUUGUGUACAUGUGCAUCAUCAGAGGCAUUGAGACUACAGGGAAGGCAAUUUAUUUCACAGCUUUAUUUCCCUACCUGGUCCUGACGGCCUUUCUCAUCAGAGGGCUUACCUUGCCUGGGGCCAUGGAUGGACUGACCUACUUGUUCACUCCCAAUAUGCAAAUUCUCCAAAACCCCCGCGUGUGGCUGGAUGCGGCCACCCAGAUAUUCUUCUCUCUGUCCCUGGCCUUUGGAGGACACAUCGCUUUUGCAAGUUACAACCCCCCAAGGAACAACUGUAAGAAUGACGCUGUGGUCAUCGCCCUGGUCAACAGCAUGACCUCCUUGUAUGCGUCCGUCACUGUCUUCUCUGUCCUGGGAUUCAAGGCCACCAAUGACUAUGGGCACUGCCUGGACAGAAACAUCCUUGGCCUCAUCAACGAGUUCGAUCUCCCAGAGGAGAGCAUCUCCAGGGAUGUGUACCCAGCUGCCCUCACAUACCUGAAUGCCACCCAGCCACAGAGGGUGGCCCAGCUCUCUUUGAAGUCCUGCCACCUGGAAGACUUUCUAGAUAAGAGUGCCGCAGGCCCAGGUCUGGCCUUCAUUGUCUUCACUGAGGCUAUCACCCACAUGCCCGGGUCUCCUGGCUGGGCCGUGCUGUUCUUUGGGAUGCUGUUCACCUUGGGCCUGUCAUCCAUGUUCGGGAACAUGGAGGCAAUUAUCACUCCGCUUGUGGACAUGGCAGUUAUGCCCAGAUGGGUCCCCAAGGAGGCCCUGACUGGGCUGGUCUGCCUGGUCUGCUUCCUCUCUGCCAUCUGUUUCACACUGCAGUCUGGGAACUACUGGCUGGAGAUUUUCGACAAUUUCGUAGCUUCCCUGAACCUGAUUGUCUUGGCCUUCCUGGAGGUCGUGGGAGUGGUUUACGUCUAUGGGAUAAAACAGUUCUGUGACGAUGUCGCGUGGAUGACUGGGAAGCGGCCUGGGCUCUACUGGCGGGCCUCGUGGGCGGUUGCCAGCCCCCUACUCUUAAUGACCAUCUUUGUGGCCUACCUCAGCCUCCUGGCCCAGAAGCCCCCAAGCUACAGGGCCUGGAACCCCCAAUAUGGGCAGUUCCCCUCGCGACAGGAGAGGCCCUACCCGGACUGGGUGCUGGCCACCGGCAUGCUGCUGACCCUCCUGCCCAUGCUGUGGAUCCCCGUGGUGGCACUGGUCCAGCUGCUCGCCCGGCGCAGACGGAUGUGGAAGCUGAGGGAUGCACGACCAGACUCAGACACCGAC